GUUUGUGUACCGUCACUGAAAACCAAGGAAGAAGAGGGCACUGUGUUUUGUUUGUGGCGGAAACCGCAGCAGAAGUCCGUUUUCAGAAGGGUGUGUUUGCGUUAAUCUGAUUAAAGUGUUGGAGAAAACUGAAUGUGUUUCUAAAGAGUGAUCUGAGAUGUACUACUAUCGAUAUGAGAGUGCUGAAGUCAGCUGUUGCUACAAAUACCUGAUGUUCAGUUACAACAUCAUCUUCUGGCUUGCUGGAGCUGCCUUCAUUGCAGUUGGUUUCUGGGCAUGGAGUGAAAAGGGAGUUCUAUUGGAUCUGACCCAAGUGACCCGGCUGCAUGGUUUUGACCCGGUCUGGUUGGUCCUGGCAGUGGGUGGAGUCACUUUCAUUCUGGGCUUUGCAGGUUGUGUGGGAGCGCUGAGAGAAAACAUCUGUCUGCUCAAGUUUUUUUCUGGUGUGAUCGGCUUCAUCUUCAUUCUGGAGUUGACUGCAGCGGUUCUGGCGGUGGUUUUUCAGAGUCAGGUCAGAGAGUGGAUUAAUAACUUCUUCCUGGCAAACAUCAAAGCAUACAGAGAUGACAUCGACCUGCAGAACCUCAUAGAUUCUCUGCAGAAGAUGAACAACUGCUGUGGAGCUCAGGAUCCGGAUGACUGGGAUCUAAACGUAUAUUUCAGCUGUAACGGGACUCAUCGCAGCAGAGAGAAGUGUGGAGUUCCUUUCUCCUGUUGCAUCACUGAUCCUGCUGACUCAGUGGUGAACACUCAGUGUGGCUACGACGUGAGAAACAAACCAAAGAGGGACUGGAGUGAUCAGAUCUAUGUUAAAGGUUGCAUCGCUGCGUUGGAAGACUGGUUACCAGGAAAUCUCUACACUGUGGCCAUCGUCUUCAUCGUCAUUUCUCUGCUGCAGAUGGUGGGAAUCUACCUGGCCAGGACUCUCAUCUCUGACAUCGACAAGGUCAAAUUCAGCUACUGAAGCUCCGCCUGCAGAGGGCGGAGCCUCCAGUCGGUAUUACUGGACCAAGUUUCUUCAGUCAGACGUGCCUUCUUCUUCUUCUUCUCCGUCUGUCUUCACAUCAUGUCAUCAGUUCUUGCUUUGAGCCUCAGAGGUCCUGACCAAGAGUCUAUCUGGACUUUGUGGCUCUGUGAAAAUGUGACAUUGUGCUGAUGUUUUGUUUGUAUUUUUUUUUGUUGAUGUUUUUUAUCGUCUAACAGACGAGCGCCUGCUCAGCACAAGACUGCCUUCACUUUUCCUGCAGUUUAAGAUGGAACACAAACUUUGAAUGCAGCUGUUUUGAUCUUCUCUGUGAAUGUGUAUCGAACCAAUGUGACCUUUGACCUGAUUGGCUGUUCACCGUUCAGUGCCUACUUCAUCUUCGUCAUUUUCAUGUUUAACUCAGGUCUUUUUUUUGUUUCUGUCUCUCUGUCAGUUUCUGAAUCUCUAACCCUAACCCUGACUUAUUAUUUUCUUGUUUAAUCAAUGGUCACCGUGUCUGUCAAACAUCUUUUGUAUCUAUGUACACACCUGCUGGUAUGUACAGUGCCCCCUCAUUGGAUAACUGAUAAAGGUUCAGCAGCAGCACAAAAACCACAGAAGAAUCAGGUUGUUCCUUUUAAAAUGUCUGAAGAAUAAGAGUUUUAUUGACACUGGAUUCACGUUAAAGUUUUGUUGUUGAAGAGUUUUUGUGUUAAUAACCAGAGAAAUCAAACCAGAGAGAAAUCUGAAUUAUCAUUUCAAUCUCCUGCUUUAGCUGAAGUUUUAUUGAUAAUUUAAUGAUUUAACUUCUGUUUUGAGUUUGUCAGCUUUUACUCUGAAGGUAUUCUGUUUUUUAUAAACGUGAAUUUUUGUCUUUUUAUAUUCAAUGCAAUUAAAACAGUUUGGCCUGA